GCCAUUUCCUCAACCAUCCCCCUUCGAGGCACUAAAACCCUAACAAACUUAGUCGCAGAGCGCUCUCUCUCUCUCUCUCUCUCUCUCUCUCUCUGUAUUAGCAUAGCAGAAUAAGCAUCGUAGAGCGGCUCGUCGAACCUUGUCUGUUUGUCACUCUGGGCAUAUAUACGUAGCGGAAUAUGGUUUGGUUCCAAUGCGAAGACUGCGGGGAGAACUUGAAGAAGCCGAAGCUGUUGAAUCACUUCCGGAUGUGCUCUGCAACCAAGUUAUCGUGCAUUGAUUGCGGGCAAACAUUUGGUCAGAAAAGCGUCCAAGAUCACACUCAGUGCAUUACCGAAGCGGAAAAAUAUGGUCCUAAGGGCCAAAAGAAAGCACCAAGUGGUGCUACUGCCAAGCCAAAUAAUCCUGGAAAGCAGGACCUUGAUUUUGAUGUAAAUGUUGGAUUAUCUGAACGUCCUCCAUGGUUUUGUAGUCUUUGUAGUACUAAGACUACUAGUAAGCAAACCCUGCUCCUCCAUGCUGAAGGAAAGAAACACAGGGCCAAAGCUCGAGCAUUCCAUGCAGCUAAGCAACAGCCCCGAAAGGGAGAAGAAUCCACCCUGGAUCCUAAGGUUUCUAGUGAAACUAAUCAAAAGGAUAAAUUGACUGGUAAUCCAGAUAUAAAGGAACCUAAGGACCAAAAUCCCCCUGAAGUUGUUCAAGAUGUACAUGCUACCUCUGAGGCAGGAAAUGGUAGUUUGCAAUCGAGUAAAAAAAGAAAGCUUGAAACAUCUGAAAAGGAUCAUGCUGGGGAAAUGGCUGGAGGAGGUGAUAUGGCAAGCGAGUUGGGUAAUGGGGAAGUCAUUCAGGUUGAAAGUAAUGAGAAAGAGGGAAGCAGGUGCCAAAAGAAAACUAAACACGACAAGACUAAAGAGGAUAACACAGAGGAGCAUAGCCAUACCAUAGAAGCAAAGAAGAAAAUAAAGUGGAAGAAGUUAAUCAAAUCUGCUUUGAAAUCGAAUCCAGAAGGUGUCCUAAAAAAGAGGAGACUGAGAAAACUUAUUCUGAAGGCUCUAACAGAAUCUGGUUUGAAGGAAGACGAAAGACAAGUAACUGACAUGCUUGAGCAGAAGAUUAGUUCAAGCUCCAGGUUCAUGGUUGAUGACAAAUAUGUCCGCUUGGUGUCCAAAAGUUGAGGCUGGGUACUUUCAUAGAACGUAAAACCUUGAAGUGCUGCCAUUUUUGGGUAGUUUUUGCAUUCAAGAAUUGAGAAAGCCAAGUCUUUUCUUUAUUGAAAUUCAGUUUUACUUGUCUUCAUUAGUCAUUGGUCUUGGGAACCUGGGACUUCCUUGGGACAUGUAUUUUUGGGGACGCUUGGCGUUGGCUAUUGAUAAAAGCUCCCAAUUUGCAUUCGCCUACGGUCAUUGUAACUGAAGCAUUUUGAUCUCUUCUUGUAACAGAUAAUUCAUGCAAGGAAGAGAGUUAUGUUGGGUAAGUGAGUAGUAUAUUAUAUGUA